GAUUUCGACUUUUACCAUUUGCUACAUUGAUCUUUGUCUCACAACAAGCGUUGGCCUUUUGGACUAAUGGACUUUUGGACCAUUGGACUACUGGACUACUGGACUUAGUUUAUUCCAAUUCCAUUAAAAUUUGGACUUUUGGACUAUAG